GAAGACGUGCAACACCACCAAAAUUUCCGCUGCGCAGCUUCAUCUUCUGCAUUAGAGCUCCAUCAUGGCCGCCCGCACGCUAAGAAUAGGCCUUAUCCCCGGUGACGGCAUCGGCCGUGAAGUCAUUCCCGCUGGCCGCCGCAUCCUCGAAGCGCUGCCCUCCUCCUUCGGCCUGAAGUUCAGCUUCUCCCACCACGAAGCUGGCUGGGACACCUUCCAGAAGACGGGCGCCGCAUUGCCCGAGCAAACCGUCGAGGCAUUGAAGGGAGAAUGUGACGGCGCGCUGUUCGGAGCUGUCAGCUCUCCUACGGUCCAGACGAAGGGCUACUCUUCGCCCAUUGUUGCGCUAAGGAAGAAGAUGAAGCUGUAUGCCAACGUCAGGCCUGUCAAGUCAGUUGCAUCGUCGAAGUACCCGGUCGACUUGGUCAUUGUACGGGAGAACACUGAGGAUCUCUACGUCAAGGAGGAGAGGACAUACAAUGCGCCCGAUGGCAGCAAGAUUGCCGAAGCUAUCAAGCGCAUCUCGGAAACUGCUUCGUUCAACAUCUCCGCCAUGGCCGGCGACAUCGCUCUGCGCCGCCAGCGCGUCCGCGACGCAGGAGGCAAUAGCAUCCACUCCUCCCCGCUUGUUACCAUUACACACAAGAGCAACGUGCUCUCCCAGACAGACGGUCUGUUCCGCGAAACCGCACGCCGUGCCCUGUCCGACUCCAAGUACCAAUUGGUAGGCGUAGAAGAGCAGAUCGUAGACUCCAUGGUGUACAAGCUGUUCCGCCAGCCCCAAGACUACGACGUCAUCGUCGCGCCCAAUCUCUACGGCGAUAUCCUCUCAGACGGUGCCGCGGCGCUCGUCGGCUCCCUCGGUCUCGUGCCUAGCGCAAACGUGGGCAAAGACUUUGUGAUUGGAGAGCCUUGCCAUGGUAGCGCGCCAGAUAUCGAGGGCCAGGGAAUUGCGAACCCGAUUGCGACAAUUCGAAGCACAGCGCUGAUGCUAGAAUUCAUCGGCGAGGAGGAGGCUGCUGCAAAGAUCUACGCCGCUGUGGAUGCCAACCUCGAGGAGGGCAGGCUCCUGUCGCCUGACAUGGGUGGCAAAGCGAAGACGGACGAGAUUGUGGAGGACAUUUGCAGGAGACUAUAGAAUUAGAGGGGUGAUUUGGAUACUGUAGAUACCAUGUACCACAGAAGAUGAUUACAAGCGUUCUAUCCCACCAGGUCGCGAUGCAGCGAUUCUUUGCCAAUCCCAUGUGUUAUGGACCCCAAACGGAACGCCACGCUGAUACCUAUACCCAACGCCAAACCUAGCUGUCGUCUAACGUCAUUAAAGUCCUCAAUCCAGCUCAUCAUCAUC